UAACAUGACUGUUUGUGUUGUGAGUUAUGAUGAUAGUAGGUACUGCCACUGGAACUGAAGUAACUGUUGUUCUAUUUUAAUAUUUGGUUUACAUUGGAACAAUUUUAUUUUGUCAAUUUAUUUUUGACAGAGUAAAUGAACGAGGAAAUGGUUGACUUUGUGCUGGGGGACGGCGGCCAUGAUGAAACAGUAAAAAGGUACGCUCCAGCCUGUGAUUUUGAAAGCCAUAGGCUGUGGAGUGGAAGAUAUUUAAAAGAUGAUCCUGAUAUUAUACGUAAAGUACUUCAAGAUACACUGUCAUCUGGGACCCGGAUGCUUCUGACUUAUACUUAUCAAACGACAGUCGACAAUCUGCAGCAGCAUUACAACAUCACAAAAAAGGAGGCACUGGACAUAAUCAAGAGUUCUGUAUCACUCUGUAGAGAAGCUAUAGAGUUGGCUAGAGCAGCAGGUAUGACCAGGCCUAUAGAUGUGUUUGGAAUGAUCGGGCCGUACGGUGCAUUUCUCCACGACGGUUCAGAGUACGCAGGAGGUAAUUACGCUGACAACAUGACUGGACAGCAGCUGGCUGACUGGCAUCGUCCACGGUUUGAUGCUUUGAUUGAGGCUGGCUGUGAUUACCUUAUCUUCGCAACCAUCCCUUCCUUGAAGGAAGCCGAAGCUCUUAUAUCAUUGCUAAAGGAACAUCCUGGGAUGAAAGCAAUUGUUUCUUUUUCCGCUCAGAAUGAGCUGACAAUAUCUCAUGGAGAGAAGCUAAGCGAUGUUGCACAAUCAUGUUGGCAAUUAGCGUCAGACCAGAUCCUAGCUAUUGGAGUCAACUGUCUACAUCCUCGAUUGGUAGAGCCACUACUGCGCUCCGUCAAAGAGGCAAAUCCUCAAAUACCUUUGUCAGUAAAGACCAACACAACCGAGACAUUCAACACUGAAACCAAACAAUGGGAAUCUUCUGGGGAUCCUAAAACUCUUGCAGAGUAUUGUAGAGAUUGGCUGCAUCUAGGAGUAAAGUAUAUAAGUGGCUGCUGUAGAACUUCAGUGCAAGAUAUCAUCACCCUUGGAGAGGAAAUAAACAAAUUUAUAGAGAAAACCAAACAAACACGACAAAGAAAGUAAAAAAAAUACCUAUACAUACACUACUUCUCACAUUAGAAUUGGUAACUACUGUCAUAAAAUGUAAAAUAAUUGAUUUUCCUCGCUGUAAACGGCCUUUUUAUAUUUAGAUAGAAUAUCUAAAAUGUAGAAUAUGUGAAACAGACAACUGUUAACCUUCAUCACUAAUAAAAUUAUUUGAAACAAGUUUUUUUAUUUUUUUAUUUUUAUUUUUUAGAUUAUAGUUUACAAAUUGUUGAUGAAUUUUGAAUUCCGCUGUAGGUAAAACAAUAAAUAAGUUAGUUAUCUCCAGUGAUUGAUUUGUAAAAAAUGAGGUGCCAGAACUGUAGUAGACUAUUUAAUGUAAAUGAAACAUAUUUUAUAAACCUUA